CGCCACCGCGCCACCACAAGCGCCCAGCCAGCCGCAGCGGAUAGAGGGGAUAGGCCUCCCCGCCGAUUCCGUUGGAGCUCCGCGGCCCUUGGCUCCCAGCCUCACUUUCCGCUGCCCUCCACGCGCUACGACCCCACCUCGCAGAGGAAACCCACCGCGCGACACGUCACGCCGAGGCCAGCCAGCCAGUUCCCGGCCGGCGCGGGAGCUAGAUAUACCCUGCGCGCUGGAAGAGCCGGUAAGCUCGUGCCCCGCGCGAUCACCUGCUAGCCGGCCGAAGAGGAGGAAGAGGAGGGCGCGGCGGCGGCGAAGAGGAGGGGGACGAGAUGGACCACGAGGCGGACGCGCACCGGACGGACCUGAUGACCAUCACGCGGCACGUGCUGAACGAGCAGAGCCGGUACCCCGAGUCCCGCGGCGACUUCACCAUCCUGCUCUCCCACAUCGUCCUCGGCUGCAAGUUCGUCGCCUCCGCCGUCAGCAAGGCCGGACUCGCGCAUCUCAUUGGACUUGCCGGCGAGACCAACGUCCAGGGAGAGGAGCAGAAGAAGCUGGACGUGCUGUCGAACGAGGUGUUCGUCAAGGCCCUCGUCAGCAGCGGCCGCACCUGCGUCCUUGUGUCCGAGGAGGACGAGGAAGCAACGUUCGUGGACCCUAAGCUGCGUGGAAAGUACUGUGUUUGCUUUGAUCCACUCGAUGGCUCCUCCAACAUCGACUGUGGCGUAUCCAUCGGAACGAUCUUUGGAAUUUACAUGAUCAAGGACAAGGACAAUGUGACUCUGGAGGACGUACUGCAGCCUGGCAAGGACAUGCUUGCCGCCGGAUACUGCAUGUAUGGCAGUUCCUGCAUGCUUGUUCUGAGCACUGGAAGUGGUAUCAAUGGCUUCACACUUGACCCUUCACUUGGGGAGUUCAUACUGACUCAUCCAGAUAUCAAGAUGCCUAAGAAGGGGAAGAUUUAUUCAGUCAAUGAAGGGAAUGCCAGAAACUGGGACGCACCUACGGCGAAGUUUGUGGAGAAGUGCAAAUACCCCACAGAUGGUUCGUCACCUAGAUCUUUGAGAUACAUUGGAAGUAUGGUUGCUGAUGUUCACCGUACCUUACUAUAUGGAGGUGUAUUUUUGUACCCUGCUGACGAGAAGAACCCAAAUGGAAAGCUCCGUGUCCUGUAUGAAGUUUUCCCCAUGUCAUUCCUCAUGGAGCAGGCUGGAGGCCAGUCCUUCACAGGCAAAGAACGGGCUCUUGAUCUGGUCCCGACCAAGAUCCACGAGAGAUCCCCAGUAUUCCUCGGCAGCUACGACGACGUGGAGGAGAUCAAAGCACUGUACGCCGAACAGGCAAAGUCAAGCUCGGCUUGAUCAUGGCAGCAUCAAAGUUCAAAGGUGUAAAUCGACUUCCUGGCCUUGCUGUAACUCGAUUCAGACAUUUCUUUCUCCUGUGUCGUCGUAAGUUUGUAACAUUCAGUGUAAUAGUAUGGAGGCCUGGAACAGCUUCACAAGCAACUAAAAGGGCCUCCUUAUAAGUUACAACAUAACGCUAAUAAAUACAUAUAUAGUACAUCUCUAGCAAGAGUAGUGGUGAAGCAAGCGUCAAGACUACUGUCGCAAGCUCUGUAAAAUGUACUGCGCAUAGAGAUCCCUGCAAAAGAGUGAUCGUGUCACAAAAUAUUCGUUAUCGGAAG